AUGGCUUAUGAUUGCUACCUGGCUAUAUGCCACCCCCUCCACUACACCACCAUCAUGAACCCACGGCUCUGUGCCCUGAUGGUUGCUGGGUCCUGGAGUGUCAGUAGCCUUGAUGCCCUGGUUCACACAUUAUUGGUUCCGUUAUCUUUCUGUACAGACAAUGAAAUCCUUCACUUCUUCUGUAGGCCUAAUCGGGUCCUAAAGCUUUCCUGCCCAGAUACUUUGAUCAAUGAUGUAUUGCUAUAUGUGCUGGCUGUUGUAUUGCCUAUUUUUCCCUUUGUGGGUAUUGUUUUCUCUUACACUCGCAUCAUAACCACCAUAUUGAGAGUCCCAUCUGCCAAAGGAAGAUAUAAAGCUUUCAACACCUGUAGCUCACAUCUAUCAGGGAUCUCCUUAUUCUACGGCACUGGUUUUGGGGUCUACCUCAGCCCCGUAUCUACCCAAGCAUCACGGAAGGGCUCAAUAGCCUCCGUGAUGUACAUGGUGGUCACCCCUAUGCUGAAACCCUUCAUCUACAGAUACCUGCUGGAUCUGUCUACCUUGCAGAUCAUCCUCGGUUGUUUCUUCAGACAAUGA